UCUUACUUUCUAAUACCUCGUCACUCUUGCAGCAUAACCACUCGUUGAGCUGUCCAACCCAGAAAUAAGCAACCCCGCCGCCCUACAUUUACUCCCACAUUGCGCUUCCCCAGCGCCCACAUCCUCAAAUACACACAUAAAGAUUUACAGAUAGACAUUUGCUGCUACACAAUGGAUACCACAUCUAGCGUUGGUGGUCGCACUAUGGCUAUGACGAAUAAUGGUCGCGCUCGUGAAUACUCCGGCGGAGUACAGCUCAAUGGCGUCGAAAGCGAACGACAGUCUCAUUCCACACUGGGCUGGGGUCAUCCUAGCAUCUGGGGCAACAGCACCACAAUAGGCUCCGGCUUCGCCCAAGGCGCCCGAGACAACACCCGACCGCGUGAGAAUAGUACAUAUCUAGGGGCAACUGCAUCUUCGAAUGCUCUUGAAGGCAAGACAGGGUCAGGCUCGCUCGUCCCUUCUUCCGAGUCUGAGAGUUGGACCACCCGCUCUCCAUGGCGGGACAGCACAGCUGCGAGUAAGCCACAUGCUCGAAGCUCCGGCGUGUCGCCAGCGCGGAAGAGGUCGAUUGCCCACGCGCAGCCUGGUCAGCAAUACACCGACCCCUCGUCCGCCUUCUUUCUUCCCAGAUCUGUCAUAGGUCCCAUAACAACAGUGUCAAAACCAGCUCUCGACCCCACGACCGGAAACUUCACCUCUACACGCACUGUUGAUCCUUCGAUCUCCAGCAGCUUUUCCAACUUUGCAUUCUCAGAGCCAACUUCUCAGCGUCCUGAGCCUUCCACUUCCAAUGGGUCCUGGGACAACGCAUCGGUGCAUUCUCCUAACGAUGAUAGGCGAAGUGUAACGGACUUCUACGGCACCACCAGUUCGACGCCUUCGAGAAGUGGCAGCCUUCCACCAUCCCGCCACGGUGACCCCACACAGCUUUCCCAAUCUGGCGAUAAUUUUAGCAGAUACGCUCAUGGUAACCGGCAACAUUCCUCCUUCUCUCACGCCAAUGGUCGCGCCUACCAAGAGCGAAGCGGGUCAAUCCAGAGCGAUGGUCUACAAUUACUCGGUCGCCUUAGCCUGGAGCAAGAGCACGAAACUCCUGGAUCGCACAGGGCCUCCAUCAGUGUGAAUGGCCCUGGGCUCGGUCGGCCUGGCAAUGACUUGGCCUACUCACGCGACAAUUUUGCCGACAUGAAACAGGAUGAAAAUGGAUUCGUGGGUGUCAACAAUUUCGUACCGGAAGGCUUUCCAAAUGGCAUCAAUGAUGCUACUACUGCACAAUAUGGUGCUUUCCGCUUCGACAGUCGUAGCGCCCCCAACGGAACAGCUGCAAAGCAAAGCCCAUUCUAUUCUCACAGUGGCACCCCACCCGCUUUCGAUCAUCUCUACCCUUCCCGCGGUGAGCAGGUGCUCUCGACUGGAAACAACUUUGCCCUUGUAAAUAGCAAAUUGGCGGGAUUCCAGCAGCAACAGGAGCGGCGCAACUUCGCACCCAAUCCUUACCCACAGCAAGGCUUCCACCCUUUGCUCCCCCCACAAAGCCGCCAAUCCUAUGGCUACGCAGUCGCACUUCAGAAUGGCUUUCCGUUGCAUCCCAUGGGACCCAACAUUCAGAUGUCAAUGAUGCCUCAGAUGGUAGCUGUGAUGGAGCCGCCCAAGGCUCCGCGGGAGCAUCAUCAUCACCAGCAGCAGCAGCAGCAGCAGCAGCAGACUGGGGAGUCUUUGAUGAGCAAGUGUCUGUGGGACUAUCGCCAGAGUAGCAAGAGCGGCACUCGCAAGUACGAUUUGAAGGAUAUCUACGACCACGUCGUUGAGUUCAGCGGCGACCAGCAUGGCUCAAGGUUCAUCCAGUCCAAACUCGAAGUCGCCAAUAGCGAUGAGAAGGACCGUGUUUUCCGGGAGCUUCAAGGCGACUCCCUGCAGCUUAUGCAGGAUGUCUUUGGCAACUACGUGAUCCAGAAGUUCUUUGAGCACGGCGACCAGACUCAAAAGCGCAUCCUUGCAAAUCGCAUGAAGGGGCAUGUUUACCAUCUCUCCAUGCAAAUGUAUGGCUGCCGUGUUGUACAGAAGGCCCUUGAGCACAUCCUCACAGACCAACAAGCCUUGCUUGUGAAGGAACUGGAAAAGGAUGUUCUUGCCUGCGUCAAAGACCAGAACGGCAACCAUGUCGUGCAAAAAGCCAUCGAAAGGGUCCCCUUUGAGCAUAUCAAGUUCAUUGUCGAAGCAUUCAAAGGACAAGUCGGGACGCUUUCGGUCAAUGGUUAUGGAUGCCGGGUCAUUCAGCGCAUGCUCGAAUUCGUGCCGGAGCCUGCACGCCGAUUCAUCCUGGUCGAGUUGCGUGCCGAAGGUUCAAAGCUCAUCACCGACCAGUAUGGAAACUACGUUGCCCAACAUGUCAUCGAGCACGGAACAGGUGAAGACAGCCAGGUGUUCAUUGAUCUGGUUACCAACGACAUCCUUCUUUAUUCGAAGCAUAAAUUCGCUAGCAACGUUGUCGAGCGCUGUCUCGUGUGCGGAACUGAUGCUCAACGUCGGGCUAUCUCGCUCCGAGUCACAGCCAAGAAUGAGCGUGGUGAAUGCAACCUGAAAUCGCUCAUCAGAGAUAAUUACGGCAAUUACGUGAUCCAAAAAAUCCUCGAGACUCUGUGCGAAGAAGAUUGGCAUGAAUUUGUCGCCAUCCUAAGGCCCGAGAUGGAGGAAGCCAAGAAAGUCAUCUCAGGGAAGCAAGUUGUCCAGAUCGAGAAGAAACUCCAUCGCUUCGACCGUGUGGACAGUGUUUCAUCCACGACCCCCCAGCUCAGUUCCAUCAGCUCCGUAACUGACGACGUUCCCGUCCUCACCAGCGAGUCCCAGUCUCCUCAAAGCACCACCAUGCCCCCGGACAAUCUUAGCACCAUCGGCGAAUCUCCACACAGCGUCGCCUCGAUUUCGGACAAAGCCCUUCCCACUUCCAGCGUUCAGAUUGUGAACGAUUCUUAGUACAUAUAUACCACAUUUCCACAACCGGGUCCAUUCGUACGCGUAUUAUAUCACCUGUUUCGGUUUUCCCUCUGUUCUACAGCAUCCAUGGAAUAUGACCGGACGGCGUCGGUUGUUUUAGUUCCAUCACUGCCUUUACACGGAUUGGAGCAUGUUCUAUACCACAUACUUAGCCUUUUCCUUUCGACAUUCGAUCUUUCCUCUCUUUUGUUGUUUCAAUUUCGAUGUUUCCUAGUUACCUGCUCUGUUGCCUUUCACCAUUACAUAUUUGACUUUCUUCCCAUUCUUGUACGGCGUCCAUCGUCAUCAUCACCAGGGUUAUUCAUUCUGCGCACAAAAAAUUCGGAGAUAUGACGACAUGUG